GAAGCAGCCGACGCAAAAAUUUCAAUGCUGUUCUGCAGAAAUUGCAUUGUUAUUUUUGUUUGUUUUUUUUUCGCUAACGAAUAGGAAACGUUAACUACAUUUGUGAUCAGUAUCACACAUCGAACGUUACUGUUCUAAUCUUUCUUUCUUCAUUCCUUAAGAAGAAACAAUUGCAAAUUAAACAUGUACGCUAUCCGAAUUUUCCCAAGGUUAUCAAACCCAUGGAGAAGCCUUAAUGUUGCUUUUUCCCAGCCAGCCAAUUAUGCUACUACAACACAGAAGCGUGCAAAUCUUGAAGAAAAAUUGGGCUUACCAGAGAGACCAAAAAAACCUGCAUCUCCAUAUCUGAUGUUUGUGAAAAAGACAUUUCCAGAGUAUGCAAAAAUGACUCCUAAACUUCCUUUUAAAGAGGUUGUUCAGAAGCUUUCUGAACAAUGGAAGAAGGUAGACAUGGAAACCAAAAAAAAGAUGCUGAAUGAGUAUCAUGAAAAACUACAGAAACAUCCAGAGGAAGUUGAAAAAUACUAUAGUUCCUUAACAGAUGCUCAACGUGUGCAGUUGGAAGCAGCAAAACAAGACAAAAAUGAGGUAAAAAAGAAAAGAAGGACAAUGCAAGAGCUAAAGAAAACGGGGAAACCUAUUCGGCCGGUCACUUCCUUUGGAUUGUUUGUUAGGGAUGAGUAUACUAAGAUGCAGUCAAAACAUGUUUUUGGACCAUCCGCAAUGAAAGAGAUUAGUAAGAAGUGGAAUAACCUAACCCCUGAAGAAAAAGCACCUUUUACAUUAAGGUACCAAGAAGCCUAUAAGGCGUACGAAAAGAACCUUGUUGACUGGGAAGAGGAUAUGGUUCGGCAAGGGAAGGAGUCGUUGGUAAGGACUAGAUCACGACCAGCCAAUGGAGAACCGAAAAAAUCCUUGCUUGUUAAGAGUGCCGAACCGGCUCCAGUUAAACCGCUGAUCAACAAAUAGGGAAACACAGCCUGUAACUCUGGCAUCCCUCUCCAAUGUUCAGAUCAUGUCACUCCUAUUGAAACAGAAUCGGAAUGCAUCGCCGUAUAUUUGACUGAUCUCCGUCAAACUCUAGAAUGGCCUAAACAUCUUUGUUUCAGUGUCUGCUAUAUUGUUUUUUCUUAAAAUGGUAAAAUGGUUGCCAUAUGAAUUGCGAUUUCAAUUUAAAUGCCAUCAUAUCCACCAUUUUAGAGUUGAGUUACAGGCACAUAUUUUUGUUCACUUUUGUCUUACCUCAUAGCGAUAAAGAAAUGCUGUGUGUUCUAACAGAAAUAAAACUUGCCACAAACAAAA